GUUUAAUUAAGGCAAGAAUCAUGCGCACACAUGAAUAGUGGCUAUUUCUCAAUCUACAUACACGCCCUGGCUGAAAGGAACUUUCAGUUUCAGUACCUGCGGAGGGUAGGAGUGGAAAGCCAUGGCUGACAACAUCCUCAAGGCAAAGAGGAAGCAGUUCAUCCGUUCAGUGGGUGCAGGGACAAUAAAUGGCUUGCUGGAUGAACUUUUGGAGAAGAAAGUGCUGAACCAGGAAGAGAUGGAGAGAAUAAAAUUUGUAAAUGCCACUGUCAUGGACAAAGCACGGGACCUGUGUGAUUCUGUCACUAAAAAGGGGCCUCUAGCAAGCCAAAUCUUUAUCACUUACAUUUGUAAUGAAGACUGCUACCUGGCGGGAGUCCUGGAGCUCGAAUCGGGUCCACCAGCUGAAAAUUUCGUUAGAAUGGACGAUUCCCGGGGAGGAUACUCUCCUUCCUCAGAAAUAAAGGAAGAACAGAAAAAAGAAGAUGGUGUAUGUCCAGGACCAAGUGGGAGCCUCAAGCUAUGCCCCUUAGAAACAGUCCAGAAGAUACGGGACAAAAAUCCUUCAGAGAUUUACCCAAUAAUGGAUACAUCUGUGCGUACACGUCUUGCUCUCAUUAUCUGCAACACGGAGUUUGACUAUCUUCCAAGGAGGGACGGAGCUGAUGUGGAUGUCAGAGAAAUGAAGUCACUACUGCAGGACCUGGGAUAUACUGUGAAAGAAAAAGAAAAUCUCACAGCUCAGGAGAUGACUAACGCAGUGCAGGAAUUUGCUGGCUGCCCAGAGCACAGGACUUCGGACAGCACUUUUCUUAUAUUCAUGUCCCAUGGUAUCCAGGAAGGAAUAUGUGGGAAGUCACAUUCUGAUAAAGUAGCAGAUGUUUUAAAAGUUGACACUAUCUUUCGCAUGAUGAACACUUUGAAGUGCCCAAGCUUGAAGGACAAGCCCAAAGUUAUCAUCAUUCAGGCCUGCCGUGGAGAGAACCGAGGGGUGGUGUUGGUGAAAGAUUCAGUAGAAGACACUGGAAAGAAAUUCUUAGUGGAUGCAGAUUUGGAAGAUGAUGGCAUUAAGAAAGCCCACAUAGAGAAGGAUUUUAUUGCUUUCUGCUCUUCAACACCAGACAAUGUUUCUUGGAGACAUCCUCUCAAGGGCUCUCUUUUCAUUGUGGAACUCAUCAAGCAAAUGAAAGAAUAUGCCUGGUCUUGUGACUUGGAGGACAUUUUCAGAAAGGUUCGAUUUUCAUUUGAACAACCACAAUAUAGUUUGCAGAUGCCCACCACUGAAAGGGUGACUUUGACAAAACGUUUCUACCUCUUCCCAGGACAUUAAAACAAAUGUGUUUGAUUCUACCCUAGAUUUCUGACCUAUCUAACCACCAGUUCCUGGUCAUCCACCUCCUAGCAUGGCCCUCAAAUUGGACCAGUUACUGGAUGGUCACCCUCAGAACUCCAGUGCCACCACUGUCCCAGUACAUCUUGUAGGCAAAACAGAAUGCAGGCUGAAGGUUUUGUGGCUGGGUUGGUAUCCCUGCCCCAACACUGGAAACAUUGCCUGGUUACAGAAGAUGGCUGGUUCAGGCUCCGUGUCCUCCAUUAUGAGGAGUCCUCACUAGGGUUACCCUGGAGGUUUCCAUUGAGAGUCCUUUGUACAAGGUUUCCACACCCCUAUGUCCUCUAAUUCUCUCCAUCCCUGUACCCAUUCCCUCCAUCUCCUCAACUACCUGAUCCCCCCUAUUCUCUCCAUACUUGCCUCCAGUACACCUGAAAAAUCAACUCUAUUUCUACUUCCCAGGGAGAUCCAUGCAUCAUCUCCCUAGAGUCUUCCCUGUUUCUGAGCCUCUCUGGAUCUGUAGAUUGUGGCAUGAUUAUCAUUUACUUAACAGCUAAUCUCUAGUUAUAAGUGAAUAUAUACCUUGUUUAUCUUUCUGUGUCUGGGCUACAUCACUCAGGAUGUUUUUUUUCUAGUUCCAUCCAUAUGCCUGUAAAUUUUAUGAUGUCAUUUUGUUACCAGCUGAGUAAUACUGCAUUGUGUAAAUGUACCAUAUUCUCUAUCUAUUCUGGCAUUGAAGGACACUUAGGUUGUUUCCAGUUUCCGACUAUUAUGAAUAAAGACAAUGUGAACAUAGU